AAUACACCCCCCCAUCCACAGCACCCCCACGCUCCUGGCGCCCGAGUGACUCCGUCCCCACCAGCUCCCGGACCAACUUUGAUGGAGCAUCUCACCCCGCACUGGAAAGAUGCCGGUGAUGAAAGGAUUACUGGCCCCCCAGAACACCUUCCUCGACACUAUAGCCACUCGCUUUGACGGAACACAUAGCAACUUCAUCCUUGCCAAUGCUCAGGUGGCUAAGGGGUUCCCUAUAGUUUACUGUUCAGAUGGCUUCUGUGAGCUUGCUGGAUUUACGCGAACCGAAGUCAUGCAGAAGAGCUGCAGCUGUAAAUUUCUCUUUGGUAUUGAGACAAAUGAGCAGCUGACUCUUCAGAUUGAAAAGUCACUGGAGGAAAAAGUCGAAUUCAAAGGAGAGAUCAUGUUUUACAAGAAGAACGGGUCUUCAUUUUGGUGCCUAUUGGACAUCGUUCCUAUAAAGAAUGAGAAAGGGGAUGUGGUCCUAUUCCUGGCUUCCUUCAAAGAUAUAACAGAUACAAAGGUGAAGCUUACCCCUGAAGAUAAAAAGGAAGAUAAAUCCAAAGGAAGAGGAAGAACGGGAUCCCAUUUUGAUACAGCCCGGAGACGGAGUCGAGCUGUCCUUUAUCAUAUCUCUGGACAUCUACAAAGAAGAGAAAAGAACAAAUUGAAAAUCAAUAAUAAUGUUUUUGUAGAUAAACCAGCAUUUCCAGAAUACAAAGUUUCAGAUGCAAAAAAGUCCAAGUUCAUCCUUUUGCAUUUUAGCACUUUUAAAGCUGGCUGGGACUGGCUUAUUUUGUUGGCAACGUUUUAUGUUGCCGUGACUGUACCUUACAAUGUUUGCUUCAUUGGCAAUGAUGACCUGUCCACAACUCGAAGCACAACGGUCAGUGACAUUGCAGUGGAAAUCCUUUUUAUCAUAGAUAUUAUUUUAAAUUUUCGAACAACCUACGUCAGCAAGUCUGGCCAAGUUAUAUUUGAGGCAAGAUCUAUUUGUAUCCACUACGUCACUACCUGGUUCAUCAUUGAUUUAAUUGCUGCACUGCCCUUUGACCUCCUUUAUGCUUUCAAUGUCACUGUGGUGUCACUUGUUCAUCUUCUGAAGACAGUGCGAUUACUGCGACUUUUACGUCUUCUUCAGAAACUGGAUCGUUAUUCGCAACACAGCACAAUUGUCCUUACUCUGCUCAUGUCUAUGUUUGCGUUGCUCGCUCACUGGAUGGCAUGUAUCUGGUAUGUCAUUGGAAAAAUGGAGAGGGAAGAGAACAGUCUCACUUGGGAAGUUGGAUGGCUUCCUGAGCUGGGGAAACGUCUGGAGUCUCCAUACAGCAAUAGCACGAUGGGAGGCCCCUCUAUCAGAAGUGCCUACAUUGCUGCCCUGUAUUUCACCCUGAGUAGUCUCACCAGUGUUGGGUUUGGCAAUGUUUCUGCUAAUACGGAUGCAGAAAAGAUAUUCUCCAUUUGCACAAUGCUGAUUGGAGCCUUGAUGCACGCUUUGGUGUUUGGAAAUGUGACGGCUAUAAUCCAGCGGAUGUACUCCCGUUGGUCCCUCUAUCAUACGCGAACUAAGGAUCUGAAGGACUUUAUACGCGUUCACCACCUGCCCCAGCAGUUGAAGCAGAGGAUGCUUGAAUAUUUCCAAACCACCUGGUCUGUCAAUAAUGGAAUAGAUUCCAAUGAGCUUUUAAAAGAUUUUCCGGAUGAACUGCGCUCUGACAUCACCAUGCACUUGAAUAAGGAGAUCCUCCAGCUGUCUCUGUUUGAGUGUGCUAGCCGUGGUUGCCUCAGGUCUCUGUCUCUGCAUAUCAAAACCUCCUUCUGUGCUCCUGGAGAGUACCUCCUGCGCCAGGGAGAUGCCUUGCAGGCUAUCUAUUUCGUGUGCUCAGGUUCCAUGGAAGUACUGAAAGAUAGCAUGGUGCUGGCUAUUCUGGGAAAAGGAGAUUUGAUCGGAGCAAACCUAUCAAUUAAGGAUCAAGUUAUUAAAACCAACGCAGAUGUUAAAGCUCUCACCUACUGUGAUCUCCAGUGCAUCAUCCUCAAAGGACUCUUUGAAGUGUUAGACCUUUACCCAGAAUAUGCUCACAAAUUUGUGGAAGACAUUCAGCAUGAUCUCACCUACAACCUGCGGGAAGGUCACGAAAGCGAUGUAAUAUCAAGAUUAUCAAACAAGUCUACACUAUCCCAGACAGAGCCCAAGGGAAAUGGCAGCAUAAACAGGAGACUUCCAUCCAUUGUGGAAGAUGAAGAGGAAGAGGAAGAGGAGGAGACAGCAUCCCUCUCCCCAAUCCACACCAGAGGUGGGACCUCCUUCCACAACAAGAAGAUUGGAAGCAAUAAGAGUUACCUUGGGAUAAGCUUGAAACAGUUGGCCUCGGGAACAGUGCCCUUUCACUCACCAAUCAGAGUCUGCAGCUCAAACCCUGCCAGGACCAAGCACGAAACUGAACUCCAUUACCAUAGCAGAAGAGAGAAAAACCUAAAGUUACAUCUUUCGACCCUGAAUAGCAUCGGACCUCCUGACCUCAGUCCAAGGAUUGUUGAUGGGAUUGAAGAUGGAAACCAGAAUGAGGAGAGCCAGACUUUCGACUUCGGAUCUGAGAGAGUCAGGCAGGAGUCCAGGGUGUCACCUCCAAUAGGCGAUGCUGAGAUUGGGGCAGCAGUUCUGUUUAUCAAAGCGGAGGAAACCAAGCAGCAGAUCAGCAAACUCAACAGUGAGGUUACAUCCUUAACCCAAGAGGUCUCACAACUCAGCAAAGAUGUAAAGAGCAUAAUGCAUCUUCUGGAAAAUGUAAUGCUGUCCCAGAGACCGUUGGGAUAUUGCUCAGUGCAUAGCACAUCAGUGUGUCCCUCCAUGGAAAGUUUACAGACCAGAAUGACUUGGACUACGCAUCAGCCUUGUAUGCACAAGCAAGCAGGGAACACUGCUUGCCCCAAAGCACAACUGUGUCAUCGCAACUCCAUAUCUGACAUUUGGCAUUUGGAUCCCAGCUCUGUGGGAAGCAGCCCUCAAAGAACUGGAGCCAACGAGCAAAACCCUGAGGAUCACAAACUGUAUUACCCUUCGGGCCGUGACCGUUCCCCAUCCCAUUAUCAGGUCAUUCAGGAAGGUCACUUGCAAUUUCUAAGGUGCGCCUCUCCGCAUUCAGAUUCCACUUUGACUCCGCUCCAGUCAAUUUCGGCAACUCUUUCUCCGUCUGUCUGUUCUUCGUCAGAGACGUCCUUGCACCUCGUACUCCCGAGCAGAUCGGAAGAAGGUAGUUUUGGCCAGGGAAUGGUGAGUUCUCUCAGCCUAGAGAACUUGCCCGGAUCUUGGGCCCGGGACGGGACGGCACCAGUUCCUCUAAAAACCUCAGAAGAUUUUCCUCUGGAAAUAGUGUCAAGCACAAUGGAGGGGAACGAUAGCCAAGCCAUAAAUGUAUAAUGGGAUGUCUGAGAAGUGGUUUUUGAAACGUGUGCUGCAGCGGCUAGUUGCAGACUUACCACUACAUGACUGCUUUGUUUUGCCUUUUCUCCUCUCGGUGAUCGUGGAGAUUUGCAAAACUGGAAAUCCUGCUGCAUAGGGAGCAAGCAGAUCUGAAACUGUUUAACCCAAUUUGUACUGUAGAAAACAAUUUCUAGAUUCUAGAAGCAUGCCGAAAGCAUUUUCUACAGAGGUGUUAACUUAUCCGUCUGGUUGGCAGACUUUUGCGGUAGUCCGAAGGCCCUGAGGGUCAGAACAGUUGGCAGUCUAGGACAAGAUAAUUUACAGAUCAUUUUUGACCUAGGAGGCCUCUGUUGCUGGAAGUGAAGGCUUCUCCUGAGUGCCUGAUUGUCAUUCCUGAACAAUAUCCAUAGCACUGUUUGCGUCCGGUGAUCAUGGCUCCUGCUGAUCUAUUUUUCUGUUUCAUGAAGGCAAAGGGACAAUUAUCACUGCAUGUCAUCUCUUAGACAAUCAACCAAAUAGAGUUGGUAGACAGUGGCUAGCUGUUGCACGUUAUUUGUCAUGUAAAUGAAACCCCUUUAUUUAUCAGAAAAGGCUAUUUUUAUAUACUUGGUAUGAAAUAUGUAUUUAAACUAUUUAAACUAUUUAUAAAGAGACUAACGUUUCAUUUCCAUUUUGGUAAAAAGCUUGCCGUUUCAACAAGAGAUGCACUACUGUAACGUAUAUUAGAUCAAACUAUUAUUAAGAGAAUGUAGUUUAAAAAAUGGAUCCCCUUUUAUGUGCAUGCAGUUUGCAAUGAAUGUAUCCCCAUGCUGAUGGAGUAUAGUAAUAUUUUAUUAAUAAAAACU